AUGAUGACAGAUACCUUUAAAGGACUUGAAGAUGGAAGGGACAAACUUGAUAGGCUUAUAGAUCUUCCUAUUAAUAUCAGACACCAAAUUCAGGAGCACAUGACUAUUGAGGAUGCCGCAAGAAUGAGUGUCUUGUCCAGUAAGUGGAGACAUAUUUGGGCUUCAAACCCAAAGCUCAGAAUUUCUGCGGACUAUUACAGAAAGACAAACCAGACAUGCACAAUAGACAUCAUUAAUAGAAUUCUAUUGCAGCACUAUGGACCCAUUAAGACAUUUCUCCUUGAUAUUUCAAUGAUAAAUCCUUUUGAGCACUCAGUUAUUGAUCUAUGGAUGCUACAUUUGUCAAGAAAUGGUCUCGUGGAGCUCACCCUUCGGAGUUUAGAAUAUCUCAAUGCUCCAUAUAAGUUGACGCCGUUGCCGCCUUGCAGUUUUGCAGGUUUCCACAAGCUCAAAAGCCUUAAAUCAGAUGGAGUCGCCUUUGAAUUAGAUGUUGCAACUUCUUUCCUCUCUGUUCCAAACCUUCUGGAUCUGAAGUUUUUAUACCACAAGAAGAAGUUUCACAGACAACAUGAAGCAAUGAACUUGGUAAAACUUCUUAGCAGCUUACCUGAAGUUAGGGGACUUAUCUUGGACGGAUGCUCCCUCAAGUUUUUGGCUUCUGGUAAUGUAGCAAGGAGGCUGUCAACAAUGCUCCAUCACUUGGACAGUCUCAAAUUUUAUGGUUUCGAUUUUAAGGAUGAAGAUCAAAUUUGUUCCCUUCUAUGCAUCAUUAGAAGUUGUCUCAAUUUGAAGUUACAACUUCUGUUGAGUCGGAUCAAGAAAGAUUCUGGGAUGGUAGAUUUAAAUCAGUUGAAAGGACAAGGAUGCAGGAUUGAUGAACUCAAUAACCUUCAAGCUCU